AUGAAGCUCGAGAGCCCGGAUACCGUGACCACCAAGAUCAAAGACAUCCGGUCCAAGAUGCGGGUCGAGAAGACCGACAAGAUCCAGGACGGAAAGAAGCGAGCGAAAGCUGGGAGCACCCCUGCAGCUGUCGGGACAGAAUCUGGAGAGCAGGAGGUAACGGAAGAUGGCCGAGCUGGAGGAGAAGGGCCAAAGGUGCGAUUUUGGGACGUCCCCGAGGAGUUCGAAGUCGACUACACCAAGGGCGAGGACCUCAAGGAUGUGAUUCAAGGGCCGGACUAUGCAUGGCAUCGAGAUGUUCAUCGUGAUCUUCCACCUCAUCGUGGUCGGGAUGGGACUUCGGCACCACAGGAGGCAAAGCACCUGGUCCAGAAAGCCCAGGAGCUAGGAAAGUCCCCUGCUCUCCAGGCACUGGAGGGAGCCACUGAUGACUUGUAUGCAUGGGCCGCCGCUAGAGUUGCCAGGGAACCCGGAGUCGAACUCUCUUCACUUCUUCAGGAAAUGGCGACCUACGGGAUGGGAGAGCUUGCACGGGAAGCGGCUGAACUAUUGGAGCAACGGGAAGGAACUAAAGCAGGCUCGGCUCGACUGGUGGUUCGAGACACCCUGUGGGCAGAGGGGCAACCAGGGCAAGGAAGCGUCGAGCUCGACGGCACCACCUGGCGGCUGUGGGACUAUCAGGAGGACGUCAUGAUGACGGAGGACCUGGCGGCACUUCUUCACCUACCGGAGGUGUCCAUCGAGCGGCGGCAGUGCGUGACCAUCACCAUUGCGGCUAUGGUUGAGUGGAAGGAGAAGAGCCGACGGCCGUCAGUGGAGCAGGUUCAGACCAGAGCACAAAGCCUGAGGUUGGAGCAGACUCGGCUAGCAGUGGACGCGGCCAACACCAUCGGCGAGGCGGAGGAGAUGGUUGCAGCUGUGGAACACGAAGUCAGGACCUACAUCCAUGACCUCACUACAGCUCACCACGAGAAGGACUUUCGCUCGUUGGCGGUCUUCCCUUUGGAAGCCCUUGCGGACUGCCGAUUGGUGGUUUUUAGGGCGGACUACCGAGGAGGCUUGGUCGUGGAGUGCAUCAUUGGGUCCAACUGGAUAGAUGGGGGUUGGACGACCUUUGCACUGAUUUGGAAGGGGCACAUGGUCCUUUUGGAACCGCCGGACGGCUACGACCUGGAGCGCUUCCUAGCCAGAGAGGACCCCCAGACCACACCUGCGAUGGGGUUUACGUUCUUUUGGCAUGCCCGCCAUGAUCAACCUCCCACAGCACCAGGCAAGAUUUUCUGCAGGUUGUGCAAAGCAGGCCGCAAAGCUGGGGAGUCGCUCAACGCACCAAGGCAUAGCUGCUUGUCCUACACAGCCGCCACCGCCGGAGGCACCAUGGACAUCCACCAUGACCACAAUGUGAUUCGGGCGGUUCGGAGUGCAGGCCAGCCGCAUGAACCGGGGCAGCUGGUGCUAAGGGAGUUCUUUGCCGGGAAAGGUGGCAUUUCGGCGGAGUGGAGCAAGACGAGCCCGAUCAUGGAGCCGGUCGAGGUCUACGAGCAUCCCCAUGACAAGCAGGGCUACAGGGCACACUUUGACUUGAGUCGAAAGGAUGUCCACGACAAAUUUCUGGCAGAGGUGCGUACCGGGCCUUCCAAUGUGCAUUGGAUUGCAGCCCCAUGCACGAGCUACUGUGACUGGCAGCAGAAGAAUGGCGGGACUCGCACCUUCGAGUGUCCCGAAGGCACUGGACAGGGACCGUUAGCAGCGACUGAGGCAAUGGGCAACAUUUUGAGUUCGCACGCUGCUGAGCUCUUCGAGGCUUCGUUGGAUUCUGGUGCCUUCCCUCUCGUCGAGUCCAGUGGGGUCAGUGGACGGUACCCCAAGCAAUGGGACCUGCCGUGCUGGAAGCGCAUCCUCAACCGGCCGGACGUAGAGUACGUUGACCUGCCCAUGUGCGCCUUUGGUCUUGGCCCCCCUGAUGAGCCAGAUCAUUUCUAUGUGCACAAGACCAGGGUGGUCUUCCCACUGCAUCCACCGUUACGGCGAGCGCUCCGUCGAGUCUGUCCGGGCCUGUCGACCUCGCACCGGCACAUUGGGCUGAAGGGUUGUCGCGACGGCCAAACCGUCACUCGCUGUACUGAAGCCGGGGUGUACGCCCAGAACUUUGUGUCAGUCGUGGUGGCGGUGCUCCAAGCGGUCUUCGGGAUCGAGGCGGAGACGAUGGAGAAGAUGGAGGUGCCCUACUACCUGGUGACCGUGACGAGGCUGGCGGAGACGGUGAGGAUGACCUACCUGGAGACCUACCUGGAGACGAUGACGAAGGACAUGACGGAGAUGGCGGAGGGCCGUGAUCUCAGCAAAGGACCGGGUGAUCCCUAUGCCGUGGAGACCAAUGAGAAGCUCAUCCGCUCCAGCUGGAGCCCGGGAAAGAUCCCCACGAGGGAGUUCCAGAACAGGGCGGAGCGAUAUCGCUUGGCAUGUGAGAAAGGAAAGGGCAAAGGCACCUCCUCUCGAGGCGCUGGGCCAGCCCCAGGAGAUCCUGACCAAGGAGAAGGGGAGACCCUGCAAGGAGUCUGGGGGGAUCCAAUGGGCCCUUCCACCAGUGUGGACUUUCACCGCACCAGCCCAACCGGACCGGGCGACCACUGGGGCUCGCCUCAAAGGUGGCAGUACAACCCGUCCCGCAGGCAACUGUGGAGAGUUCAUGAUGAACCCCGGACGACCCUUUACGUCCCGUCGGAGAUUGGUCUCCGUACACCGCUUGCCCACCUAACCAACGAGAGGGUCACCCAUCUGCGAGAAGGGGCGAACCAGGUUGUCAUCACGGAUGAUUGGCGGGCUGCCGGAGGGGCUGAUCCAGGCUAUGGCAAGUGGACGGGCGUAACCAUCUUCACCAUCCAGGAGAUGCCGGUUGUCGACGACGAGGCGAUCCCGUGUGAGGACGACUGGGAGUGGGGCGAAGACGAAGAUGAGGGACCUGACCCGGGAGAAGAUGACGGACCGGAGCCCGAGGUGAGUGUCCAAGUGGAGUCAGGCCCGACGGCCUACGCCGGGAGCGAGGCACGUGAUGGCCCCGGUUCGGCCUACCAAGCACCAACUACAGCAGCACGGCAGGCAGCGGAGGAGUAUGUCAAGGCGAUUGAACAGGACUUUGACAACACUCCUAUGGGUUGGGCAGCCGUGCUACGGGCGGGCAACAAGCUGGUUGAGGUCGCGGGUGGAGUGAGGCUGUGGAGGUGGUCGGAGGCGUGGUGGUGGGCUCAAUGCAUGGACGAGGAAGAGGAGGACGAGGCCUACACCCUGGAGUUUGCCAACGAGAUCAAGGGUUCCUAUGCUGGCGGACGGACCAAAGCCAAGACCGACCCGCUCAAGGUUGCCGAGAAGGUGGGAGCCCAGGCUGUUCACCUCACCAAGAGUCUCGCCCCGUUUUGCGGUGAUGUUCGUGAAAGGGUCGAUGAAUGGCUGGAGGAGAACAUGACUGGGGACAAGAGUGCCGCGACGGAGAAGGCCUAUGGCGGAGCAUGGAUGAAGUGGCGCGCUUGGGCUAGAAGACAGGGCUGGCCAGAUGAGUUCCUCAACCGCAAUGUGGACCCGAUCGAGAACGAGAACCGAGUGCUGGCCUACGUGGGUUACCUGGGAUGGCUGGGCGCCUCGCCCAAUACCAUCCGUCAACACAUCUUCGCGAUGAAGAUGGUGCACAAAAGGAGUGGCAGGGGCGACCCCUUGGAUGGAAUGCACCGGGUGUGGAUCCUCGUCAACGCCUUGGACCGGAGAUCGACUACCAGGAAGCCACGGCGCUUGGGGGUCACGCCUGAGAUGUUAGUAUGGUUGGGCGAGAACCUGGUCGACCCGCUAGUGAAUGACCGGCAUUCAAUUCCGUACGCGGAGGCAGUGAUGGUCGUGGCGGCCUUGGAGCUGGCGUGGUUCUUCAUGCUGAGGGCCAAGGAGUUCGGGGAAUCGAACGGAGUGGACGAGAGCAUGAUCACGAGGGGCUGUGACAUCCGCCUUUCUCACCAAGGAGUGGCAAAACCGGUGGGGGAGGCGACCGAGAUUUCCCUCUUCUUCCGGAAGACCAAGAAUGACCAGCUGGCCUUCGGGGACACCAAGACGCUGCAGGCCACAGGGAGGAAGCACCUUUGCCCAGUCGAAGCACUGGACCGUAUGAGGAACGAAGAGGUGGGUUUUUAG